GCAAAGUGAUCAAUACCUGUAAAGUUCGCAUAUGUUUGAUGUUCGCAAAACAUUCUAGUAAUGGUAUCGUAUUCAUGCUGUUUCUCUGAGGGUAUCAUUCCUUACUAACAGCUUUUUCUGGCGUGUUCUGGUUAUUUUCAUGCGUGUACACAUGUAGGUAGCGAGUGAUUAUUAAAUUAAAACUAGUAUCAGCAAAAAGUUUGCAAGGAAAUUUCCCAACUGCAAAAUGAAGACAUUCUGGUCUUUUGAAGUACUUUAAUCGUAUAUGGAAGUUCAAAGCACCUUACUCUGUUUGUAUACAAGCAUCAUGAAUGCAAAUAUAGCCACCCUCAUUUCACUUUUAAGACAUAAUUUUGUGUACUUCUGGAAACAUUAGGUGUAGGCCCCCUCCAAUAACUGGCUUUGAAAUUUGAAACAUUAGAUAUGUAAACCUAUGUCACAAGUUUUUCUUUCGACUUGAUUUGAGCUGUUUAAAUAUACCUGAAAAGGAUAAGCCGUGGUGUUUCAGUGAGCUAGCAGUGUAUACCUCAACAGAUAGUAAGAUGACCCUAAGGCAAUUAAAGAUUAUUUUGUUUCUCAUCGCAAUUCAUUUAGUUUCUGUAGCUGCCAGUCAUAGCUGUCCAACAUGGUUUAAAGAGCUUGAACCAGGAAACUGCGUUUGUGAAGUUCAGCUCAGCAGGUUAAACUGUGAUCCGUUGUCGAAAAAUGUUUCAAUAUUUUCAGGAUUUUGUCUGACAAUUAGUGACGAUGGCACUGAAAUUUUCGGAGAUUGCCCGUAUAAUGCCAAUGCUCCCUUGCUCACCUUUUUUACUCUUCCUCAAAAUGUGUCUCAACUAAAUGAGGUGAUGUGUGGGCCUCUGAAUCGCACUGGGGUACUGUGUAGUCAGUGCAAACCAGGACUGGGACCAGCUGUCUUCUCGUACUACAGAGAGUGUAAAGAGUGUUUGGAUUAUCCUUAUGGAUGGAUUCUUUUCUUUGUGAGGCUCUUUGUCUCUCUUACGUUGUUUUGCAUAGUCGUUAUUGCUUUUAGAAUCAAUGUGGCAUCUCCAUACUGUAAUGGAUUGUUAAUAGCAGUUCAAUUACUCAAUAACAUUGUCAGCAAUAACCCAUUCAUUGCAGGCCAGGCUAGUUCCUAUUCAUUCAGCAGUUUCGUUAUUGAUUUGUAUGGCUUUCUCAGCCUUGAUUUCUUCAAUAAUCUUAUACCUUCGUUUUGCAUCAGUGAAGAAAUAAGCAUGCCGGCUAUCCUUGCGUUGGAGUAUCUAGUGGCGCUAUACCCGAUCCUCUUCACAGCAGCUGUAUAUUCAGUUAUUGUAGCACAUGACAGUGGGUGCAGAGUGCUAGUAGUAUGUUGGCGGCCAUUCCACAAAUGUUUUGUGAAGGUGGUAUGGAGACCCUGGGGAUUGAAAGGAUCAGUCAUUAAUGCGUUUUCUACUUUCAUCCUACUCUCCUAUUGCAAAUUUUGUACCAUCUCACUUCGCCUUUCCCAACGAAUUCCUAUGCAUUAUGUGUUUGGGGAUACCAGAAAUAUCAGAGAUGUUCUUUAUUUUGAUGCAAAUUAUGACACACAUUCCAUUGAAUACAAACACUAUCAAGCCCUUGCCUUGUUUGUAGGUGUAAUGAUCACAUUGCCAGCUUUUUUCCUCUUGUUCUACCAGUUUCGGACUGUCCAGAGAUGUCUUCACUAUUGUAGAAUCAGGUGUACCUUACUGCACGAGAUGGCUAACAUACUUCAGGGCUGUUUCAAGAAUGGCACUACCCCAGGUACAAGAGACUAUCGCUGGUUUGCUGGACUCUACUUUCUUCUACGAUUAUUGAUAAUAUUCUUCAUCAACCAACAGUAUCAUCUUCUUGUGUACCUACUUUUAUCUGGUGCAAUGUCUGUAAUAGUGGCUGCACUACGGCCGUACAGGUUAGAGUGGGGUAACAAUCUUGACGUAUUUUUUUGGCUAUUGUUUUUGUUUGCAACUUCAUUCUAUGUCUUCAAUCUAGCGAGGACUGGCAACAUUAUUUGGAAUGGAAUGAUGUAUAUUGUUGUGUGCGUUCCACUACUGUAUUCUGUCUGCCUGUUUGUGUGGAUUAUUGCUGUGUCAGCAUACAAGUGGUGUCGAUCACAGUGCAAGAAGAGGACUGCCCCUGAGCAAGAUGACAAUCAGCUUCCCGAUCGUAUCGUGAAUCCUAACGAGUACACUCCAUUAAUUCCUCCUGUGCAUUAAAUUCUUAUAAAGUACGUAACAAUCAGGCAGUAGUAUUGUGCAAUACUGGUUUCUUGUCUCAGUUGAGUAGUAGAUAUAUAAUUGAGUUUUUUUUUGUAGAUCAAGAUAAAGGUUAUAUACUGUUUUCAGCUUAAUCAUUACGUUCUUAUACUCUAUGGUACGCAAGUUUAAUAGUUAUUCCGA